AUGGGCUGGUUUGUCUCUGAUGCUCCUGGCACACUGAACAGCAUGGAGAAAUUUAUUCAGGAAGCCCGCAAAGCUAACCCUGGCGUCAAACUCGCCUUCGCAAACGUUCCUCAGCGCUCAUUCAUCGGCGGACGAGACGAUCUCCCCGUCAAGACAACCCUGUAUAACCGUGACUUGCCAGCCUUGCUCAAGAAGUACGACAAUGAGCUGGCUCCUACGAGACUCGUCGAUAUGGCGGGCAACUACGAUUGUCAGCCUGCACAUUGCCCGGCUGGUUAUGACGGCUUACACCCCAAUGCCUACGGCGAGUACCUCAUCGCCCAGUCCUUCAGCCGCACGCUCUACAGCGACUUCAGCGUCGGCAAGGGCCAGCUCCAGCUGCCCCGGUCCUACCUGCCACGCUCUCUGCCCGUCCCGAGCAACAUCAAAGCCGUACCGGAGCCCAUGGGCGUCAAGGUCACCUGGGAUGAGGUCUACCAGUCCAACUCGUACGACGUCCGCGUGCGCAUCGCCGGCAGCUCUGACUGGACUGAGUCGGGCGCCGGCACCAACCGCUUCGACCAGACUCUCACCGGCAAGAAUAUCAAGUGGGAGUUUCAGAUCCGGAGCAGCUACGGCGAGCCCGCGCAGGCGGCGCCAAGCGCGCUUGACAUUCGCACCUCGUCGUCAGGAGCCAGCCUCACCGUCUCCUGGGGCGCCGUGGACAAGGGCCCCGUUGACCGCUUCGGCGUGAUCGUAUGGGAUCGCGACACGCCCGGCGCUUUUAUCAACACUCACGGCGCGCGCGAGAGUCCCUUCACUCUGGACGGCCUCCACUCGGGGCAUCGGUAUGACAUCUGGGUCGAGACCUGGGGCGGUCCUGGCCUGGGUGGUCUACCGUCCGGCGGCAGUCCUGUUUUCAUUGGAGGCGGCUCGCCGUUGACGCCGACGGGGCUGAAAGCCGUCACGGUUGAUCCGACGACGGUGCAUUUGACGUGGAAUGCGGCGAAGAACGCCGCGGGAUACAAAAUCUACACCAACCCGGACGAGACGGCGCAGAAGACGGGAUCCAAGCCCAGCAAGGACGGGAAGCUGGCCAACGGUGACACGAACUGGGGCGAGACGUUCCUGUUCCCGGGUGCAUGGCACUUUGAGUUUUGUGUGUCGGCUAUCAAUGGCCAGAAGGAGUCUUCGCGGGUUUGCGCGACGGCACCCAAAGCGGAUGGUUUUUAG